GCUCGAUUGGCAGCUCCAGUAGUGGCCACGCGCGGACAUGGAGAUGGAUCAACUCUCUCCCGGAAGCUUGUUUUCGUUGGCCGUAGCCACCACGAUUCUCUUAUGGUUUGUUCUGAGGCAGGCUCUCGGCGGAGGUAAGGACACAGGAGCCAAGCAUCCUCCAGGCCCAUGGAACUUACCCAUCAUCGGCAGCCUCCACCACCUCGUCAUCGGCACGAGGCUGCCGCCGCACCGUGCGUUGCUCCGCCUGUCGCGCCGGCACGGCCCGCUCAUGCUGGUCAGGCUCGGCGAGGUGCCCAAAGUCAUCGUGUCCAGCCCGGAGGCGGCGAUGGAGGUGCUCAAGACCAACGACCUCACCUUCGCGACCCGCCCUAGCGGCCCCACGAUGGACAUCGUCAGCAGCGGCGGCAGAGGCCUCGUCUUCGCGCCCUACGGCGAGCACUGGCGGCAGAUGCGCAAGGUCUGCGUCGUGGAGGUCCUCAGCGCAAGACAGGUGCGGCGCAUCGAGUCCAUCAAGCAAGACGAGGUCGCGCGCCUCUUGGAGUCGGUCGCCGCCGCGUCGGCUGCCUCGCCAGCCGCCUCCGUCGACGUCGGCGAGCGGCUGGCCAGGCUGACCAACAACGUCAUUGCCAGGGCGGCGUUCGGCGGGGAGUGCCGGCAGCAGGAAGCGUACCUCCGGGAGCUCGCCAGGAUGUCGACGCUGGUGGGAGGGUUCAGCCUCGUUGACCUCUUCCCGUCGUCGCGGCUGGUGCGGUGGCUGAGCAGCGCCGCCGGCAACGUCAGGAGGAGCCAUGCCCGGGUGCAGCGCAUCCUGGGAGACAUCAUCCGAGAGAGACAGGAGAAGAAACCAAACGCCGACUCUGCUGCUACUGCUGCUAGAGACGACGAGGACCUGCUGGACGUGCUCCUGAGGCUGCACAAGGAAGACGCCCUCAGUUUCUCUCUGACGCCGGCGAUCAUCAGCGCCGUCAUCUUUGAUAUAUUUGGAGCAGCUACUGACACUACAGCUGCCACAAUAGAAUGGGCCAUGGCGGAACUCAUCCGCAACCCACACGCAAUGGCAAGGGCGAAACUAGAAGUCCGACAGAGGCUGGGAGUACACCACCAGAGAUCCGUUGUCACGAGUGCAGACCUCAGCGACCUGCACUACCUUCGGAUGGUCAUCAAGGAGACGCUAAGGUUGCACCCACCUGGCCCGAUGAUCCACCGGGCGUGCCAGGAGGACUGCCAGGUCAUGGGUUACGACAUACCCAAGGGCACCGCCGUCAUGAUAAAUGCAUUUGCGGUGGGGAGGGAUCCGGCACACUGGGGCGAGGAUGCGGUCGAGUUUAGGCCGGAGAGAUUCGAGGAGAUGGGAACGGAGUAUGGCUGGCAGGGGCCGCAGAUGGAGUUCAUUCCGUUUGGGGCUGGCCGGCGGCAGUGCCCCGGAGCUCUGUUGGCGACUACGACCAUUGAGCUCGUGCUCGCCAACCUCCUGCACUACUUCGACUGGGCUAUCCCUGGUGGGGCGGCCCCAGAGACACUCGACAUGGGUGAGGUGUUUGGGAUCAUCGUGCGCACUAGGUCUAGCCUCUUCCUGAAGGCAGUAGCUGCCUGCCAUCUACAAGACCACUAGUUUAGCGUAGUAACUAAUGCAGUAACCUACAAGU